AUGAAUGUUCGAUUACUCGAGGAAAAUGAUCACAAACCUCCUCCUCCCGGCCUGCGAUGGCGUGAGUUGAUGCAACAGCAACAGGCCGCCAAACGACAUUCAGGAGAGGGGCCGUCUUCAACUUCUUCAUCUCCUUCACCUUCGAGGCAGCUGCUCGAUAAAUCAUAUGAAUCGCUGACGCGCGUAGCUGUCGAGGACUUCCUGCUUCGCGAAUCGGCCGUGCAGCGAUGGAUCGAGGAAUGCCUGGGCACGCCCCUGCGGUCAUCUCAACCCGCCCUCUACGCCCUCCUCGCCGACGGGGUGGUGUUGUGCCAACUGAUGAGUGGCCUGGACCAAGGCUCCAUCCCCCGCAUCCACACCGGCAAAAUGCUGGAGCUCGGGUUCAAGCGACGCGAGAACAUCAUGUACUUCAUCGAGGCCCUGCGCGACAACAAGAUCCCGCCGGGCUUCAUCUUUCACGUGGACGACCUGUACCAACACCAAAACUUCUACCGCGUCAUGUACGAUGCACCCUCCGAUCGAUCAUGGGCCGAACCAAACUACGAUGCCAUGCGGAGGGAGCUGGCGCAAGCCAAGGCCUCGUCUCCCGAGUUCAAGCAAUACCUCGUGGGGGCGGUGGGGAAGCAGGACAUCAAUUCGCUGCUCAUCCAACCCGUGCAGCGCAUCCCGCGAUACCUCCUGCUCCUACGCGAGCUCGCCAAGCACACCGAACCCGACCACAAGGACUUUGCCAACAUCAACACCGCGCUGGAACAGAUAAAGAAGGUGGCCGAGUACAUUGAGCAAAAGUCGGCGGAUUCGGAAAAGGUCCACAAGAUGAUCUCCAUACAAGCGCGCUUCCACGGAGAAUGCGAGCGGAAGCAGAUCUACGUCGUCUUCCUCUUCAACGAUCUCCUCGUCCUUGCCCGUCCUAUGAAGCGCGCGUCGGCUCGGGGCGGAGACAAGACAGAGAAGACAGCAACGAGUUUGCGCGUCGUCGCGGGAGGAGACGCCGCCGAGGAGGAGCAGGGCGACCUCUACGGCAGUGGCGGCCACAAGCCGGCAACGACGACGACGAGCGGUCGUCCCGCAGCGCCACCUUUAUCGCCGCGCAAGGCGUUCGAGGCCAUCUCGAGCGCCAAGAAGAAGGCCAAGGAGAGCGGAGGCGAGUGA